UGUAGUCAGUGACACUAUAUGAGGUUAGGAUCUACGCUGUUAUAAUGCUGUUUUCCAACACGUGUUUACUUCAAGUUUUAAUAAAACUGUAAAGUAUUUUUUAAAACGUACAACGGAACACUCUGUUCAAAUUUAAAUCAAUAAAAUGGCAAAAUCGUUGCGCAGUAAAUGGAGGAGAAAAUGUAGGGCAGUUAAAAGAGAACGUUAUGGAGCAAAAGAAUUAGAUAGGUUAAAAAAAACAUUGGGUAUUAGUGAGAACGGAUCUCAAGAUGUGGAGAUGUCAGAAAUAUCAGAAAUUGCUACAGUGAUUGAUGCAAAGACAAUAAAAGAAAACACAAAGUCAAAAGAAGGCACUGAGGAAGAUGCUUUAGACACAAUGGAAGUAGACAGCAAUGGUAGAGUAUACAACAAAAGAACAAUGAAGGACCAAUUUGGAAAUUAUCCAGUAUGGAUGAAUAGAAGAAAAAUUGCUAAACAUAAAAAGGGUAGAGCAAAAUCACAAAAAUCAACCACUGGGUCGAAUAAAAGGAUAACUAGGAAACAGAAGAAAACAGCAAAGAAGAAGUAACCCUUUCAUAAUCCAUAGCAUUAAUUGAUGCCUCCCUGUUGAACUUAUAGAAAAUAUUAUUGUAAUAAAAAAUCACAAGAACCUUUCUUAAGUAA